UUGGAGAGAGUGGGAAGCUGGGUGCUGUUACUUCUGUUGACCGCGAAAGGAGCGCAAAGGAACCACAAACCAUCUGAAGCAACAACCUGACCACACACGCAGCAGGAAAACAAGACCACCACAGAAGACCACUGAACUGAAAAGGGAAGAAGAUGAGAAGGACCACCUGGGAAGAAGAUGGAAUGUUGGAGAAGGCGAGUCACUGUGAGUCACACCGACAUGUGUGUACAUCGAACAACGGUCACAAGCCAGCGAGGCGGACAAAAAGUCCCGUAAGGCCACUGUGUACCUUCCUGCCUCCUUGUCCUGCCCCCUCACCCUGAGGCCCCGCCCCUCAGAGAAGAUAUCCUUGCUCUCCUCGCUGGAAGGACUCACACAGAACUAGAAGCACCUCAGAGCAGUCCCAACAUCUGGAGGUGAGCGCUCGAUGACGGGAGGAACGUGGAUCUUCUGACAUUUCUUCCGGAAAGUUCUUUUUUUCGUUUUAAAGGGAAUAAAACGAGAUGUUGUGCUCCAGCGGAGUUCUCCACAGGUUCUUCCUGGCUCUCGUCCUGCUCUGCUCGCCGGUGCCGCACGAUGGCCGACCCGUGGAUGGCCUCAGCAGCAGAAUGCGGCGCUCGGUGACGCACGCUCAGCUCAUGCACGACAAAGGCCGCACGCUGCAGGACUUCAAGCGUCGCAUGUGGCUGCAGGAACUUUUGGACGAGGUCCACACGGCCGCGAUACGAGACCUCCCACCCAGGCCCCCUUUCGGCGGAGUCGGGCUCCCGGGGUCGGAUCCCAGCGCCCCCGGCGGCACGCCGCACUCCAAACCCCCCGGGGGUAGCAAGAACCUGCCCGCGGGUUUGGGCCCGGAGGAAGAGUUGGGCGCCAACCUGCCGCAGGAGACGUACAAAGAUGGCGGCCUCAAGGCGCCUGGCAAGAGGAAGAAGAAAGGAAGGUUAGGGAAGAGGCGGGAAGGAGAGAAGAGGAAGCGGAGGGCGCGCUCGUUAACUUGGCCUGAGGACGAAGCAGGAAGUGGUCUCCACCUGGCGUGGCGGUCUAUCCUCCUGCAGCUUUGAACGCGGUCUCUGACCAAGGUAUACCAAUGGACUCCUAAACAUCUGUUUGGAAAGACCAGAUAUUUAUUGUGUGUAAAUAGUGUAGUACAAUACAACUCCUAUAAUUUAUUUGCUCUGUAUUUAUUUGAUAAAUGUAUAUUUUUAUACCGUCAUGCACUUUACACAGAUAUUACUUCACCUUCUUGCUCCGCCCACAUCGUUUGGUGACGUCCAAAGGUCACGUGGACACCUUCUUUUGGUUUUCACACCUGCACUGAAAACACAUUAAACAUUUGACACAAUACUGUCUCCACUUGUCAA